UUGUGACCGACAAGCACAAACACAACCAUACCCUAGUACCCGGUCAGGGACAAAGUCAUGUCGAUCGUCAGACCUACGCCUUGAGCUUCACCAACAAUGAGCACAAACACGCCGUUGCUGCAGACCAUCGAACCUGACGAUACUUCGACGGUGCAGGUUCCGUCCAGAAACACCACGUCUAAUACGCGACCUGCGGUAGUGUUGACACCUACUAAUAAUAAUAUGGCCUCCACUCCGGCCGAUGCAGAAUCAGGCAUUGCUGGUAUAUUGAAACAGUCUGCCCAUCCUGCAGCUUUGUUUUGCCUAUAUUUCUUCCGGACAUCCGCCAUCGUCGUGUACAUUUUGUGUGGACUGUUGACAGACAAUUAUGUCCUCUCUACGGUGGUGGUAGUCGUCUUACUUGCAAUGGACUUCUGGAAUUGUAGAAAUGUUGCUGGUCGUACCCUCGUUGGCCUGCGUUUCUGGAACCAGGUGGAUGACGACGGGGAGAGCUAUUGGGUAUUCGAGAGCAGAGACCCGUCAAGACCAGCAAAUCCAGUGGAUGCCAAGAUGUUCUGGAUAGCUCUUUACGUGUUUCCAGCACUCUGGUUGCUACUCUUUGUAGUCUCUUUUCUCCGUUUCAGCCUCUCGUUUAUACCCAUUGUGGCUCUAGCGCUUGUCUUCAAUCUCACCAAUGCUGUUGGAUUUACCUAUGCAGACAGGGAUGCAAAACAAAGAUGGGCGAAUAGUAUCGCGUCUUCUGGAUGGAAUAUGGGAAUGGGGGGCAUAGGUGGGCAGAUCCUGAGUGGCGCCAUGAAGAAGAGUGUUGGGAGAUUGUUCGGAUGAAUGGAUGA